UUCACGGCUUGCAGGAGGAGGGAGAGCCGCGCGGACAGACUCAAGAAGAUCCAUCUCUACCAAUCUUAAAAUACCCACUCCUCCUCCUCCUCCUCCCUCGUUACUGACAGCUUUGUGAUUCGGUCCAUCCGUCAGACAGGGAGGAUCUGGGGAGGAGGGCGCCAAGGCAGGAGAGGACGAAAGGCGAUCACCCCUCUGGCCGGUUUGAUCCUUUCCUCGCCGACAUUGAGCAGACCGGGGGAACUGCUCCUCCGUGGAUGAGAACGGCACAGCGGCUUUACUGGGGGAUUCUGAUCCGUGGAGCGCGCUCGAAUUAAAAUAUCCUAUUUUUAAGAUCCCUGACAAGCUGAUCCACACAGCAAAAUAAGAAGAAAGGGGGCGGAAAGGAGCGAUUUCACAAUCUCUGCACAUUAACUCCUCGACACACAGAUCCAGGUGGUGGGUGAAGAAAAGCACAGCCCAGUGCUGGAUCCCAGAGGGACUGUUAGUGUGGUAAGGACCCUUGAGACGAAGGAGGGUGCAUGGAGGGUUCAAGGCCUGUAAAACCAGGGUCAUCGGCCUGCCUCUGGUUGGGGCUGGUUUCUGUGGCUGUAGCCUUUCUUUGUUCUGAGGCCCGGUCUGAUCCAAGUCCGACGCUCAGCCCCAGCAAUGCCACCUGCAAGGGGACCUCAAAGUGCCAAAAAGGGAUCAUCCUCCCCAUCUGGUAUCCCGAGGACCCCUCCAUGGGUGACAAGAUCGCUCGGGUCAUUGUUUAUUUUGUAGCCCUGAUCUACAUGUUUCUCGGGGUGUCCAUCAUUGCUGACCGCUUCAUGGCAGCCAUUGAGGUAAUCACUUCCCAGGAGAGGGAAAUUGUCAUCAAGAGGCCCAAUGGGGAAACGACCACCACCACAAUCCGGGUGUGGAAUGAAACAGUGUCCAACCUCACCCUCAUGGCCUUGGGCUCAUCUGCCCCUGAAAUUCUGCUCUCUGUGAUUGAGGUUUGUGGACAUGAAUUCAAAUCUGGUGAGCUCGGGCCCUCCACGAUUGUAGGCAGUGCAGCCUUCAAUAUGUUUGUCAUCAUUGGCCUUUGUGUGUCUGUCAUCCCCCAAGGAGAGGUACGCAAGGUUAAGCACCUCAGGGUGUUCUUUGUGACUGCAGGUUGGAGUAUUUUUGCUUACAUCUGGCUCUACAUGAUCCUGGCUGUGUUUUCUCCCAAUGUAGUCCAGGUGUGGGAAGGCCUAGUCACACUGUCCUUCUUCCCCAUAUGCGUAAUUCUUGCCUGGGUAGCAGACAGACGGCUGCUCUUCUACAAGUUCAUGCACAAGAAGUAUCGUACCGACAAACACAGGGGUGUCAUUAUUGAGACGGAGACUGAACGUUCCAAGGGGAUUGAGAUGGACGGCAAGAUGGUCAACUCUCACUUUAUGGAUGGAAGUGCCGCCAGCAAUCUGAUAGGUUUGAUUGAGAGCAAAGAGGUAGACGAGUCCCGACGUGAUAUGAUUCGCAUCUUAAAAGAUCUGAAGCAGAAGCAUCCAGAAAAAGAGUUGGAUCAGCUGGUUGAAAUGGCCAACUAUUAUGCUCUCUCACACCAGCAAAAGAGCCGUGCCUUCUACCGUAUCCAAGCUACACGUAUGAUGACAGGCGCCGGGAAUAUUCUGAAGAAACAUGUUGCAGAACAAGCAAAGAAGAGUGCCAGUGUGCAGGAGGUCCAUGUGGAGGAGCCAGAAGAGUAUGUGUCUAGGAUUGCUUUUGAACCUGCUGCCUAUCAGUGCCUCGAGAACUGUGGUGCAGCCAUCCUGACCAUCACUAGAAAGGGUGGUGACAUCAACAAGACGAUCUACGUGGAUUAUAAGACGGAGGACGGCUCAGCUAAUGCUGGAGCCGACUAUGAGUUCACAGAGGGCACAGUGGUGUUCAAACCAGGAGAGAUGAUCAAAGAAAUAAGUAUUGGCAUCAUAGAUGACGACAUCUUUGAAGAGGACGAGCACUUCUUUGUGCGUCUCAAUAAUUUGCGUGUCUUGGAGACUGAGGAUGAGGUGUUGUCUCCGAAUAGCCUCCCUUACCCAAAGGCCAUGUUAGGAUUCCCCACUGUGGCCACUGUAACUAUUCUGGAUGACGAUCAUUCUGGGAUCUUCACUUUUGAGAGCGGCUCAGUCCAUGUCAGUGAGAGUAUUGGUAUUAUGGAGAUAAAAGUUUUGAGGACUUCUGGAGCAAGGGGGACUGUCAUUGUGCCUUAUCGCACCUUGGAGGGACUUGCCAAAGGAGGAGGGGAGGACUUUGAAGACACCUAUGGAGAACUUGAGUUCAAAAAUGAUGAGACCUGCAAAUUUAUUCAUGUGAAAAUUAUUGACGAUGAGGAGUAUGAGAAAAACAAGAACUUCUUCCUGGAGCUGGCUGAGCCUCGCAUGGUAGACAUGAGUCUGCAGAAAGAUGUGCCAGACAGGAAACUUACAUCAGACGAGGAGGAAGCCAAGCGGAUCGCAGAGAUGGGAAAACCGGUGCUGGGGGAGCACUCCAAGCUGGAAGUCAUUAUUGAAGAAUCAUACGAGUUUAAGAGUACAGUGGACAAGCUGAUCAAGAAGACUAACCUGGCUUUGGUGGUGGGAACAAACUCCUGGAGAGAGCAAUUCAUGGAGGCCAUUACAGUCAGUGCAGAUGAGGAUGAGGAGGACACGGGGGAAGAACGGCUACCAUCCUGUUUUGACUACGUCAUGCACUUCCUCACUGUCUUCUGGAAGGUCCUGUUUGCUUGCGUUCCUCCCACUGACUACCUGAAUGGCUGGGCCUGUUUCAUCGUCUCCAUCAUCAUCAUCGGCCUGCUCACGGCCGUCAUCGGCGACCUAGCCUCUCACUUCGGGUGCACCAUUGGCCUCAAGGACUCUGUCACUGCUGUGGUUUUUGUUGCUCUCGGCACGUCAGUCCCAGACACCUUUGCCAGUAAGGUAGCAGCUGUCCAGGACACCUACGCGGAUGCCGCCAUAGGGAAUGUGACCGGCAGCAAUGCUGUCAACGUCUUCCUCGGAAUCGGCAUGGCCUGGUCGGUGGCAGCCAUUUACUGGCACAUGAAAGGGAAGCCAUUUGUGGUGGAGGCUGGGUCACUGGCCUUCUCUGUCACUCUUUUCACCAUCUUCGCCUUCCUGGCUGUCUCAGUGCUGCUUUACCGGCGCCGAGCCCACAUUGGAGGAGAACUGGGUGGGCCCAGGGGACAUAGACUGGCUACGUCAGCCUUCUUUUUCAGUCUCUGGUUCCUUUACAUCCUCUUCUCAAGUCUGGAGGCCUACUGUCAUAUAGAGGGCUUCUAAACAUACAGGGGUUCAAAAUCCAACUUAAAAUAGAGGUAAAAUAGUGAAAUUUCACUGUGGAAUUUGCAAAGUCUUGAAUGGUAUGAAACAACUGGAGAGGCAAACCUGGGGCUUUCUUAAACACCUACUUCCCUCUCCCUAACUCCUUCCCUCAACCCCUUCUGUGAGGAUGCUUGGAGGUGUGUAUCCUGCCCUCUAGUGUUGACAGGCCUGACUGAUAUGAGAGCAGCCCUGAGUCAGUGCAAGUGUGCUUACAGCUGGGAUUGGGUUACCACAAACUCCAAAGGAUGCCAAUGCCAAAAGGCGGUCAUGCAUUCCACUGGAAGAGACUGCAGUCUUAUAUCUGGAGAGAGCAGAGUUCAUAAGAAGUCUAUUUUUCUCAACAUCUGACGAGAACGACUUUUUUUAGAAAAAAAAGUAUUUUGGGGAUAAAAACACAAAAAAUAAACGAAACAAAAAAAAAACAUACACACACAAAGAGGGAUCGAAGAACUAUUUUCGGAUUUUAGAAAUAAAAGAUUCUAUAAGAAAUGGAAAUAUGCUGAUGAUAUUGGGAUGGACUCAUAGUAUUUAUUUUUAUUUGCAUAGUUUCCGACAGAGCCCUUCAGAGUUCCCAGAAAUCAUUUAAGAAGACGUCGAGGAGCGACAGUGACAGUUCAUACUGGAAGAUGAAUCCCCAUUCAAACAAGAGCAGAGGGAGAUGUGGACACAGAGAACACGGUCAAACUGCCCUGAACAUUACUUCCUUACUCUAAACGUAUCUAUAUAUAAUAUAUUUCCAUAUGUUCUGUAUAUUUUGAAUAUUUGUUUAAGUGUGGUCACCUUCUGCUCUAACAACAGAGGA